AUGUAUGGGAUGCCUUCUGCCGGCGGUGUUCUCGGGCCACACAUCCAUGCGCGUCCUCCAAAGCUUCCUACCUUGCUAAUUAGGCUCGGGUUAUCCUGUACUGGGACUUUAGGUGUACCAAGAUCAAUCUGCCGACAACAACGCCGCUGUUUACUUCUCGCCGCUUCGCCGUCGGAGUCCUCUGAAACUCCAUUGGUCCACUUGGAAGAUGACUAUGGGGAUCUUGGAUUGGGUUCUAGCUUGGAAUUCAACGAGUCGGAGCUGGGGCCGCCACCUGCAGUUCGGUAUCAGCACGCCAUGCACAUCAAGGACCGUAAAGCCUGGCGAUCCAAGGCGGAAACCAUGGCCAAGGAGAAGCGGCUGAUAAACAUACAAAUUGGGCAGCUGGGCAUAACACCUUCUUUUCUGAGGGCAUGCGCUGACAUUUUGCAAAAGUAUUCUCUGGUCCGCGUAAAACUGGGGGAGGGCUGCGGACUGGAGCGAAGUUCCGCAGCCAAACUUCUGGAGAAAUACUUGGAUUGCGUCUGCGUGCACCAGAUCGGCUUCACUGUCACCCUCUACCGCCAGGCUGGUCUACCACGUCCGUCUAACACUUUGAGAAGUAACGAGGAUGGCGAUACGUCUGCGGCCGCUGUGGCGCUGGAAGCAGAAGCUCAGGCGCGCUCGGCAGCUGCCCAAGAGAAACAGAAGCGCAAGAAAGCCGGUCAGCAAAAGCCGGAGCAGCGGCCCCCGGAGUUCAGUGUGCUGUAA